CAGCUGCUGACUGCUCAUCCCUUGCGCAAGCUCACAGCUCCCAGCCACAAACACCAUGAAGCUGUCCCUGUGUGCCCUGCUGGUCGCCCUGGCCAUUUGCUGCUACCAGGCUGACGCAGCCAUAAUUUGCCCAGCCCUUGCGGGAGAAUUGACUGCAUUUGUUGCCGGCACAGCAGAUGUCUAUAGACUAUACAUUGCUCAAUUUAAUGCCCCUGAGGCUGUUGUGGAGGACAAGAUGCGUCCGAAGGUCUGCCUCGAUGAAUCCGUGCCCGCUGAAGGGAGAGCACUAAUUGGAAAAUUUUUGGGGAAAAUUGUUGCGGCCUGCACAAAGGAAUUAUAACAAGUCUUCUGUCAUCUAUGACUUGCAGUGAUCUAAUGAAUUUCAAGAAAAUGUCAAGGUUUCAACCUCGCUUCUAAUAAAUUACUUGCUCGGCACACGUCUGCUCUCUAUUUUUU